AUGGUAUUGGUUGAUAUGCAUUCAACACCCGGCCAACCUUGGGACUAUUGUCCAAGGACAACUUUGAGAAGAAUUGCAACUAAAUUGGAAGAAGAAUUUGGUUUGGUUGUAAGUACUGGUUUUGAGAGUGAGUUUUAUCUUCUAAGAAGGGAAGAUAACAACAAUUGGAUUGCAAUUGAUUCCACAUCGUACUGCUCAGUUGCAGCCUUUGAUGGUGCAUCACUUGUUCUGUUAGAAGUUCUUAAAGCUCUUCAAAGCAUGCAUUAUUUUGUAGAGCAGUUGCACGCAGAGGCAGGAGAUGGUCAAUUUGAAGUAGCAUUAGGGUAUCCGUCUUGUGUAUGUGUUGCUGACAAUUUAGUCUUCCUACGAGAAUCUGUAAGGGCAAUAGCAACCAAAAAGUCUCUACGUGCAACUUUCCUUCCCAAGUACUUCCCGAUGGAUAUUGGUUCUGGUUGCCAUGUACAUUUAAGUUUAUGGAAGGAUGGCAAGAACAGAGUUUAUGGCUAG